GCAGGUACCGGUGCAACAUUUCUGCUGGGUUUUCGGUUUAACUACUGUAUUUGUGUUGCACACUGUACUGUCGGGUUGGCGGUGAAGGCGACGGCGUUAAUUCGAAUGCCACAAGUGUUUAAGCGCCACUACAGCUCGCGUGCCGAUUGCCAGUGCCGACUAAACUAUAUUUUCGCUGAAAGCGGUUUUUUUCUCGUUACCACCUAUUCACUUGUUUUUGUUUUAUCAUGUUUUUCGAACAAUCAGUGGUGACGUUCACAUCUGUGCAGUGAUUCUAAUGUAAUAUAAAUACUAUUAAAUUGCACGAACAAAUACCGGUUUUAUACCAUGUCGACGGAACGGGUGUUCGAACGGAAAAUGGUGUCCAAAAGAAGGACCUCGGUUAAGCCAGACUCGCUGGUGCAGGUCACCGAGACGCCAAUAGCCAGUAACGGGUCGGUCGGCACUAGCAAUGAUAGAACAGCUUCUUGGGCUUCUAGCGGAAACGUCAGUGGCAACAAGUACUAUUGUCAACAGCAACACAAGAGGACUCCGUUCCAACCACAUCCCGAUUCAAAUUGUGAUUGGUUUUUCAAAGUAAUGGUUCUCGGCGAUUCAGGAGUGGGGAAGACCUGCUUACUAGUCCGUUUUAGAGAUGAUAUGUUCUUGGGUGGAAAUUAUAUUUCUACAGUCGGCGUCGACUUCAGGAAUAAAAUAAUAUCUGUUGACGAAUCAAAAGUAAAAUUACAGAUUUGGGAUACAGCUGGUCAAGAACGAUUUAGGAGUGUUACACAUGCCUACUAUAGAGACGCUCAUGCACUUUUACUUUUAUAUGAUGUAACUAAUAAAACAAGCUUUGACAACAUACGGGCGUGGUUAAGUGAAAUUAGAGAUUAUGCAAAUGAUCACGUUGUUAUAAUGUUAUUAGGGAAUAAAGCGGACUGUCAUCCUGGUGAUCGAAUGAUCAAAAAAGAAGACGGUGAAAAGUUAGCCAAAGAGUAUUCAGUCACUUUUAUGGAGACAUCUGCUAAGUCAGGUUUAAAUGUCGAAGUUGCCUUUAUGGCUGUGGCUAGAGAGUUACUGUUUAAAAAGACAGGAGUUGAAAACAAAGAAUCAUUUAAUGUCCAAGACUACGUAAGAGAACAAACAAAAGCUAACUGCUCAUCGUGUUUUCCUGCAUGAUGUUUAAUGUCUAUUAUGCUUUCUAUUGGUCUUUUUGCAUCUAGAAAUCAUCUGUCAAGCAAUCUUUGUUAAAGACUUUAUGAAGAUUAUGGUGCAUAGCUAAUCAACUUAUAUAUUAAGUGUUAAAUGUAUUUUCUUAUUAAAGGACACAUUGUAAAAAAUAUACAUUUUCUAUACUUGUUAACUCUUUGAGGGGCAAGUAAUAUCACCAAAAAAAUACUCUUAAGGGGCAAACUAAAUUUGAUAAUAUCAGCAAAAUGGUUGGAUAAAAAAAUAUAAGAUACAGCUAUACAAGGGAGAAAUCAAAAUAAUAAGUAACCGCAAUUCUCUAAUGGUGUGUUUAGUUGACUUUAUGUGAUCAUCACUUCUAACCAACGCAAAAAAAAUAUAUAGAAGUAUUAUCUACUUUACCACUGCCCCUCAAAGAGCUAAUGCAAAUUUGAAGGUAAAAUGCUUUAUAAAUGUUAAAAACAAAAAUUAUAUUAUAUUAAUAUAGUAAAAUAAGAAAUAAGUAGUAACAAUAAUGUUAUUAACUUUAAAUUAUUCGAUUAGUCUUCCUACAAAAAUAAUUCUGCCAACCGCAUAAAAACUAUUGAGUAUUAUUUAAUAAGUAUUCCUAUUGUGUAAAAUAAUGGUCUGCCUCAUAAUAUAAAUGUUUUAUUUAUAAAUUCUUAGGGUUUAUUAAAGAAUUAUAGAUUUUGUGUUGUACAGUCUGUUUAAUAAAGCAUAUUGUUUAUGGGUGUCUUAAUUAUUAGCAUUUGGCUAACUACUAUAACUACUAUAUCCCUUUUACUAAAAUACAUUUCUAAUCUAAAUCGAAUAAAACUAGAUUACUUGAUUAUUGGAAGCAGAUACUUGUUUAGAGUGGAUCGUUUAGUAGAUUUUGUGGUCCAGGCACAAAAAUAAAAAUACAUUAUUGUCAGCUUAUUACUUCUCAGCUCAACUUCACUAAAAUAUUUGAACUUUAUUUUAAAAUAAAUCAGCCAAUCGUUUAAACUGUCCGAUUUGAAUAUGUAUCUUACAUUAUCAGACUUUAGAAAUUGGCUAAACAAAUAUCUUCCUAUUUUUACUAUCGAUUUGUUUAAAAAGUGUUAACA